AGAGAAGGCCUUCAUAAAUAUUGGAGCAAGUCAUGUGCCCAUCAUGCAUGAAUUGCUAAAAGAAAUGGCUACAGAGUUAGUCAGGCAAAAGUCUGCAAAUAAGCUUUGGGAUAGCAAAUUUUGGAUCCUCAGGGAUUUUUGCGUUUAUCUUCCGAAAUACUCUGCAGUACGUAUAGCUAAAGACAUCAUGAAGAAGUGGUCUAAACCACAUGAGAUACCAUUCAGUACUAUUGAGUUGGCUGAAUUCUGGUCUAAAAUCACUAUGCAUGAAAGUCUUAUGUCACAACGAGUAGAGGGAUUCAAGAUUUUCAGAAACCUGACUUCUAUAAAUUUUGAAGUGGUUCCAAAAGUGGUUCGACUCUCAAAUGGAUUUCAAGGGGUUUCGACUGUUUGGAUUCUCUAUUCAAAUUCUUCAAAAUUUCAAAUGGGAGAACAAAAUUGGCUCUUUGUGUUCCUGUCGAUUCUUCUACUGGUUGCUCUUUCCAGUUAAUCUGGUGCGCCCUUAAAAAGCUGUGGUGUCCACCUUGUAAUGCCACUCAUGAUGACGUUUGUAUGAAGCUAAUCCAUGCAGAAAACCUGAACAGUGAACUUUCUGAUGACUUUUAUGAGGUAUUUUACUAUUUUUUAACCAGUACAAAUGAUACAUAUAGUCUGCGUUAAUGAGGACUCUCCUGUAUUUGCCUUAAUAUGAAUUUUUGUUUGUUGGUACCGUUUCCUUUUUUGAAAACUCCUCAUUUUUGCUUCAGUAGUUUCAGAGAUAAUAACAGACAUUUGUAGCAAAACAGAGGACUGACAUCUGAACAAUUAUGCUGUUGCAGGACUAAUGGAAAGUUAUCGUCCCAAACAGUGACCAACUGCAAAGUAAAAUAUACUGAUGCACAUCUGGAGAAUGAAAAGC